AUCGACGGUACUGUAAAAUUAAGCACGAUCCGCGAAGCAACCUGUGCGAUAGAAUCGUUCACUUGUUCCACUAGAACAGAAUGCAACAUGGCUUCUCGCCUGCUCGAUCAUUGAAGUCGCCGUCUGUCAUGUCCGUGUAAAAUCCGGGUUUUCGCGUGUUUUUGUGCUGGAAAACGUGGAAAUCGAGUGACUCUCCGUCCGGGAAAACUCAUCGACCCUAGUGACGCGCCGAAAAACGCACCUGACAUCAGUUUUCGGGCACUUGUUUGGCCACAUUAGAGCCAGCUCGGACCGGGGAGGCGUCAGAGGUGCGUCAAUGCGCCGAUGCGCCACAUGAUCCAUCCAGCAUCGAGCGGCGGAAGAUCAAAGGUACCGCGCGGCCAUGAUUCAACAGAGCGGCUACAAGGCCAUGUACCGGCCGAACUUUUACGAGAGUACGUGCCUGCGCUGCAACGAGACCGUCUACCAGGUGGACAGGGUGGGACCGCUCAAGGACUUCACCUUCUUCCACAGCGGCUGCUUCAAGUGCGCGGUUUGCGGUACGAAGCUGACGCUCAAGACCUACUACAACAACCAGCACAGGCAGGAGGACAAGGAGGUGUACUGUAACAGUCACGUGCCAAAGAUUGGCCCAGGACAUUUAGAUGGGUCUUCGGUUGGUAUCAGGUCGGCCUUGAACGUGCCCAAGUCGACCAGUUUCGUCAAUGAGCAAAUCAGAGGACCAGGAAGGGGUGAUGUAGAAGUCGUCCACGUCCGUACCACAGUCAAUGGCGUCAAUUCUCACUCCCCCAUAUCCACGAACUACGCAUCUGACAAAUAUACGUCGCAGUACAGCCCCAACAACUACCCACCGAACAACAUCCACAACGACUCCCCAGGUUACCAAUAUGGACGUUUCGACGCCAGCGCCCUCCACAUCGCACACGCCCUCAAACAGACGGAACUGCAGAAAUCCUACAGGCAGUCUAGGGAGAAGCCCAUCGACUGUUAUUUGGACCGAGAUGAACAGAGAAGAUUAGAAAUGAAACACAGAAAAGAAGAAGAUGAUUUGUACAGGAAAUUCCAGAGGCAACGCGAAGAAGAGGAAAGAAGAAUAAAAGACGAAAUAAGGGACGAAUGGGAGAAAGAACUGGAACGGUUAACGCAUCGUUUCGAGAGGGAGAUGCAGAUGAAGAGGAAGAGAGACGACCAGAAUAUACUCACAUUGAGGCAUCAACAGGAAAAGGACGAUCUGGAGAAGAAUAUGACUUUGAGGAGGGACAAAAAGAAGGAAUCUUUGACCAGAAAAAUGUUGGAACAUGAACGGGCCGCAACGGCAGCGCUAGUCGAGAAGCAGAGCCACGAGAUGCUGGAGCUGAUCAACGAGAAGAGGAGCGAGUUCAUGCAGGCCGAGUCCUUGUACAUGGAGGGAGACGGCAUGCCUCUGGAGGAGGUGGAGCCCUACCCCAGUCUGGCUCCUGCGCCAGCACCUCCCGCCCUCAGCAAGUUCCAGGUCUACAACGACCCGGUGGAGUUCAGCAACGUGGAUCAGAUCGCCAUCUCCGUGGCUCAGGAGGACCAGAAGUCCUUCACCGACCUGGUGAGGCAGCUGGUGGGGAGGUGCGGGUCGGACAUAGAGAAAGCCAGGACAAUAUUCCGAUGGAUCACGGUCAAAAACCUCAACACAAUGUCUUUCGACGACAACCUCAGGGGUGACACCCCCAUGGGUCUGCUCAGAGGCAUCAAGAAUGGUACAGAGAGCUAUCACGUCCUCUUCAAGAGACUCUGCAGUUACGCUGGUCUGCACUGCGUUGUGAUCAAGGGAUACUCCAAAUCGGCCGGAUAUCAACCGGGCGUACGUUUCGAGGACAACAGGUUCAGGAAUUCCUGGAACGCGGUCUACGUGGCGGGCGCCUGGAGGUUUGUCCAGUGCAACUGGGGCGCCAGACAUCUGGUCAACGCGAAGGAAGCCCCCAAGGCUGGAAACAAGACCAAAUCGGACAGUCUGAGGUACGAGUACGACGACCACUACUUCUUGACGGACCCGAAGGAGUUCAUCUACGAGUUCUUCCCCCUCCAAUCGGACUGGCAACUCCUCAAGAACCCCAUCUCGCUUCAGGAGUUCGAGGAACUCCCGUUCGUCCGAUCGUUGUUCUUCAGAUACGGACUGUACUUCUCAGAUAGCGAUACCAAAGCCGUUAUGUACACCGAUUCCACGGGUGCUGCAACUGUCAGGAUAGCCAUGCCAAACCACAUGCAGAGCAGUCUGAUUUUCCACUACAACUUGAAGUUUUACGACAGUGAUGGUGACAGUUUCGAAGGGGUGUCGUUGAAGAGGUUCGUCAUGCAGUCCGUAGUUGGCAACAUUGUCGCCUUCAGGGUGCACGCCCCCUGCAGCGGCGCCUUCCUAUUGGACAUAUUCGCGAACGCGGUAACGCCCAAGGAGUAUCUGACCGGGGAGCCCAUGAAGUUCAAGAGCGUUUGCAAGUUCAAAAUAUGCUGCGAGGACCUUCAAACGGUGAUGGUGCCGUUGCCUGACUGCGCCAGCGGGGAAUGGGGGCCCACCAAGGCGACCAGACUCUUCGGGUUGGUGCCCAUCACGCACCAGGAUGCCCUGGUUUUUGCGGGUAGAGAGUUGGAAAUCCAGUUCAGGAUGUCGCGUCAACUUACGGACUUCAUGGCUACCCUCCACAAAAAUGGAGUGGAAGAGAAACGUUUGUCGAAGUUCGUGAGUCACCACAUAAGCGACGACAUAGUCAUUUUCAACAUCAGCUUCCCCGAAGAGGGCCAGUACGGUUUGGACAUCUACACCAGGGAGAUGGCCUCAAGUUUGGACACCCCUGGCGAGAAACACCUCCUAACGCAUUGUUGCAAGUAUCUGAUAAAUUCUUCAAAGCGUAAUUGAUGAACUUUUCCGUAGUUUUAAGCAUCAUAAUCACCAAACAGAGAGGUCUUCCUUCGAUAGUUCGAGAGUAUAAAUAUUGAUUUGUUAAUAUUUUUUUUGAGUGCUUCCUUGAGUUUAUCGUUAAAAUUGGCUAAUUUAUUGAUACAUCGCUUGAUCUUGUGGAAUUCCAAAAAUAAUGUUGAUUGGAAAUUGAACAAUCAGUAACUCUUCUUUCAUUGAACUAAAAGCAGGUGACACUAGCAUGAACUUGAAAUUGUUGCUUGUCUCAAUUGUUACAAGAUUUAUUCGAUAACACCUUUUAAUUAUAGUCUUUUUCAUUUCUUUAAAAUUUUUUACCUUAUUUUCAUCCGAUUAAUCAGUUAGAUUAUUUGUGAUACUAAGUUUAUUGUUCAUAUUUUUUCUUUUCAUCUAAUUAUUAUAUUUUUGGCAUCAUCUUCAAAUUAGUAACUUUAGAUUGAAUAACAUUGUUCGUUUAAAAAACUGUUGACCACAACCACUAGUAGAGUUUUUAAUAUUAUUGAGUGCAAUAAAAACAGAGAGAUAUUAUUUUGAUAUGAGCUUGUUCUAAAUUUUGUCCUUUAAGUGUUUAAAACGUAUUUAUUGAGUCUUUAAAAUAUAAUAUAUGCAUGUUAUCGAAUUGUUACAUUGAACAAAUGUUUAUUUACAAUUAGGGGAACUUAUAUUGUAAUUAUGAAAUUAGUUCCGUUGACUUUAUAACUAUAUAUAUACAAAUAUAAUUUAUUCAUUC